AUGGAGUCCACGUCCACGCUUCUUGUCUGCACCAGAUUCAUAAUGGCACCAUCGCUGAAGAACAGAACGAAGGAUUCACGUUCAAAUUCAACGCCAUAUGAAGACCUGGAUCGCAUAUGUGGUUGCCUUGCUUAUUGUCAUGGCGAGCGAAUACCUGUCUCUGGGCGCACAUACAGACGGCACACAGCUUCCCGCGACCAGGAACUCUUAUUUUCUGCUGAGUUUAUGGCCUUCUUGGCGCCCGCGCCAUCCCCCGGACCCAGCCAAUCUAAUCUACCGAACACAAGUUCGACAGCUUCACCUCCUGCAUACCACGAGGGCACGGACACCCUUUAUCUUGAGGCGGACACACAUGUCGGAAUGGCUCAAUCGAUGGACCUCCGGGACGGUAUCAAUAGCAAUCUUGUUCAAAGCCCUACAUCCUCUAUCACUCUGACGAGGGACACGGGAUACGCGCCGGCGAUAGUCAGUUUGGAUGACGCAGGCUCCGCAUAUUUGGAGGCUUCAGCUUCAGUGUCGACCCAACCAAGUCAUGAUCCGGGGAGCCUCGAAGAUGAUUCAAGACCAUCCGGAGAUCAGGCUUUUGCAGAGGAUGUUCGUGUUCUAUUCGAGGACAUCGAUCUAGAAGGCCUUUCGGACUUGGUGCAGUUAUCAGAUAUCAAGGAAUCUAUGGUGUUUAUCCGUGCACUAGACAAUGCAAAAAUAGAUGAUGAAUUCUCGAGCCUUUCGUCCGAUGUUAUUAGCCGCUUGCGCAACCCUCCAACUUCCCCAGUGAAUAUCAAUUGCCCCGAUCUUCGCCUUGGGUUAGAUCUAUUCAUUUCGGUUAUCAACAGUCCACAGCAAACUUAUACAUCUGCCCGAGAGGCUAUUCUACGGCGUCACCCAGAUGACAAAAUACCAACCUAUGAUCAAGUUAAACGCCGUAUAGCCGACAUAACGGGUGUGGAAGCCAUGGAGCACGACAUGUGUAUCAAAACCUGUUUGGCGUAUACAGGCCCCUUUGCAGACCUGCAUCAUUGUCCCAUAUGUGGAGAGGCGAGGUGGGAUUCCUCCACCAAAAAAGCGCGCCAAACAUUCCACACCAUUCCCAUUGGACCCCAGCUCCAGGCAUUGUGGAGGGACAAAGACAGCGCUGAGCGAAUGAAGCAUCGACGAAAGCUCAAUGCAAAGCUUGCUGAGUUGCUCCGUGACAAUAACGGAAGCCUCCCUACUAUUGACGACUAUUUCUAUGGCUCGGAUUAUAUUGAGGCUGUUCGUGACGGCCGCAUUCAAGAAAAUGACAUGGUCCUCAUGCUUUCGUUUGACGGGGCACAACUUUAUCGGAACAAACAAUCAGAUUGCUGGAUAUACAUAUGGGUCAUUAUGGAUCUUGAUCCCGGGAUCCGUUACAAGAAGAAAUUCGUCCUUCCUGGCGCUGUUAUCCCGGGCCCCAAUAAACCCAAGAAACCAGAUUCUUUUCUCUUUCCUGGACUGCACCAUGUUGCAGCACUCCAGAACGAAGGACUUCGCAUAUGGGAUGCUUCUCAAGAUCUUGUUGCAAUUUCCAAGUUGUUCUUUGCUAUCGGUGCGGCGGAUGGGCCCGGCCUCGUCUACUUGAACGGUUUUGUUGGCCACCAUGGAAAGAACGGCUGUCGUGUCUUUUGUUCCCUUAUUGGUCGACACAAACCUGGAGUGUCACAUUACUACCCUGCAUUUUACAAGCCACACAAUUACAGUGUCGCUGGAUGUGAUCACGGCGACUACAGCUAUGAGAACCCACCACCCCGUUCACUUGAGGAAUUUGAACGACUUCUUCGUUACCUCAUGGCAUCACCUAAUGAAACACAAUACAAGAAGCGACGCUUGGAAAGUGGCAUAUGCAAGCCCAGUCUGAUUCUCGGGCUAAAUCCUCGACAUAAAACUCCUCUCCCACGUUGUUUUGGGCCUGAUUGCGAGCGAAGCGAGCAUUCCUUCACUAAAGCGCUGAAAGUCCGGACAAACAAGUACAAAUUUUCCAUUCGCAAAGGUCGAAACUUUUGGUGGGGAAAAAGAGUGUUUCAUGGAUUUCUCAUGGAUUUCUGGAACUAUUCAGAUGAAACUUGGCAAGUAUGUUCAUGA